CCGACGCGCCCCGUGUUCCCUUACGGACGUUGUGACGUAGCCUACUCCGACCGAAGUGUUAUUUGCAAACACCGUGGAAAUAAUAUCCGGCUCCGAUAGUGAUUCAUUUUAUCAAUUCCUUACGCCCGUUGUACUUUUCUGAUAGGCUAAUCCGCCAGUUUUUCUGAAAUUUGAGGUCAGCUCUUCACCUACGGGAUUUCUUCCAACGAGGGGAAUUAAAUUUGAAGCAGGAUUUCCUGGGGCGCGUUUUACCAAGUGUGUGAACUGUAAAGAGGAACGCAUCGUGUUAUUGGAGACUUUACUCUCUAUUCAGAGUUAUACGCAUACCUAAAAUGUUUUAAUCAGUUGGGAACCAAGUGGGGGGUCGUCAUUUAAAUGGCAUUAAAUUACAUAAUAAUCUGACAUUGUUCAGCUGCUGCAACACAUGUUCUAAUGGCUGGGGCUGUGAAAAGAGCGAAGUAGGAAUGCUGACCCGAUAUACAUUGCCGCUGAGUUUAAGUUUUCGGCCUUCUCUGUUUGGUCAUUGUCUUCUCACAUCAUUUUUCAUUUUAUUUCAGUUUGCUCGAGGUGAGCUGCAGAAGUCGUGCAUGCGAACCGCAACGAACAAGGUGAGCGAGAGCUGUCGGCUGGCGUGCCAGUGUAGACCCUACCCUCCUUUACCUCCCCCGCCUCCGCCGCCACCGCUCCCCAGGCUUAUCGUCCACCAUGAUCCACUCGUGCCCCCAGUGGAGUCAUGGUGGAAGGAGACGGUGGUGCUGGGGACGGUGGGGUGCGUCUCUGUGGUAUUCCUUCUCCUAACGGCCAUCAUCGGCUAUAAAGCCAUAAAGAGGAAACCAAUGCGGAAGGAGGAGAAUGGGACAAGGGAACUUGCCAUGAGCUCCCGCAGCGUGAAGUUGGUGGACACCAAUAGCACCGGAGUGUAGGAGGCCUACGGACAGGAAGGGGAAGUGAUGCAAGCUACUCCAAUCAGAAAAAGAACACCUCCUCCCCACAGUGCAGUCAGGAACGGGGAGUUAUGAACUCUGGAUACACUUGUAAUUCAUGCUUUUGUGAAACAGAAACGAGUGAACAAUGGGAGAAAGGGAAAGAAAAAAUGUGAGUUAAUUUUGGAGGAAGACAAAGCGAACUUUACCUGUAGGCCAGGCACCUCCGUGCUGCAUGAGGCUCCAGGUGUUCCGUGGACCAGCUGACAGCUACCAGCCCCAAGGAGGAAGCUGUGGCCCUUGUGACUUUACUGUGACACUGCAGAGCACAGGAACAAUAAAUCACAACAAGCAGUCGCAUGCACUUUUUAAUUCCCUGUGAAACUUAUUUCCACCCCCUCUCUCUCUCUCAAUCCCCCCCUCUCCUCCCCCCCUUUUCUCCCUCCCUCUCUAUGUCUCUCGGUACAAUUAUGUUAUCUCAUCAUCCGCAAUGUGUCUGAAAUUGAGGCACACGAAGGAGGAAUCGGCUGGAAUUCAGGUACAAUGUUGGAGCUUCUAGGUUCUGUAAAACAUCUCCUUCCAACAAGUGAGCUUAAAUUUCAGAAAAAAGUUAACUAAACGUAUGCAUGACCAGGUUGUUCGGACUGGACUGCUGUUGUCCUCUAUGCAAUCUGACCAGUGAAAUGAGAAGGAAAUCCCAGUUGUGGUAAAACAAAAGCAUACAUAUUUAUGCACUCCUGGAAGGAUGAAGGUUAGUCUGACAGGUGCAGUCUGGUCACGCGUUUAUUUAAUAAUAUUU